CCGGAUUUCGAAGCGUUUCCCUGCCUCAAGCAGGUGAAGAAAAGAACAUCCUCAUUCCAACCACACCGACCGGAAAGCAAAGAAAAGACAAACAAAAAGAAAGUAUGCCGAGAUAUGUACCUCCGAUCCAACGGCCUCCGGAAGGCCCACUUAAUAAGCGUGGUCUGAAAGAGCGGGUGGAGUAUGGAAACAUAUUCAAGAAAAAUAGAAACAUAUCGCCAAGGUUGAUGCAAUUUGUUGAGAAGUUUCAAAAUAACUGCAAGAAGCUUUUGGGUGCCAAAAAGAUGAAGCGACAAGAGCAAGCUGCUCUUGAGAGAGAUAUUCAGAUUGACGAAGGAAUGUUGCAAUCAAGGUGGGACGAAACCCACGGCCCCCAGGGCCUUUGUACAAUUUUGGUGGAGGACAUUCAAAAUAUUGUCGAGCAACAUAUCUAUCUCCAUUAUGGAGAUUAUCUGGCUGCUUCCCUGCGUGAGCUCAGACAACAUGAAGCCAUGCCCCACCCAGGGUUCAGCUGGAGUGACGUCCAGCAUGAAAUUGAUAAGGAACAACAACCAGACUGGAUGGUAUUCGUUGGCGGAAAGCGUAGAGAGCAGCCUUGGUUAGAUGCAGUCAAAGCCGCAGCAAUAAAGCUAGAUGUCGACCAUGGGCUGCUCCUUUACGAAAUCGAGGAGUACGCCGAGCGCAACAACAGGUGCCACCGCGGUAUCAAAGGGUUCAUAGACGCCGCGAGCUGGGUCCAGCUCGCAGAGCAUCUAUAUUGGGACCGGCAGGCUCUAGCGAUGCUAGAGAAGCAGGUCCCAGAAAAACACGCAGCCCUGCAGCACUGCAUGGAACGGCUAAAGGAGCAGUUUUUUGAUGCCAUCUACUUUGAGGAUGGUAGAGUUCAAUAUUUUGAAUCCAUCGAAGCCCGACAGAGAUCGGCGCGGAAGAUUCAACGGCUCAAGGAAAAGGAAGAGCAACAACGAACGUCAUGAGGCGCAUGUGGACAAGGCAAG